AUGUAAUAUAGGCCAAACAAGCCUCCACAAUCAGUUAAGAACCAAAUGGGAUCAUUCUUUCCAAAAUAACCUUUUUCUCCUACAAAGUCACAUGGCGAACACUUUGUGUCAGAAAAUCCAACUCCUCAUUAUAAAAAAUCAUCGUAACCUUAUCCAUCCAGAUAAACUUCCUUUAAUAUUUCAAGUGGGGAAAGUCUGGAGUAACAUCAUAAAAAGAGACAGAACUCCAAUUUUAGUCAAGAAAAGAAGGCUCAAAAUUUACUGUUUAAUAUAUUGUUCAAUAAUGCAAAGCCUAAUGAUAGUUUUUGCAAAGUCACGAAGAAGUAGACUAGACAAAAGCCAAUCAAUAAUUAAAUACAGAAUUGGUACCUUCCCAAUCAGCAGAAACUCUCUUUAACAGGAUAGAAGAAACAAUCAAACAUUAAUAACAGCAUGGAUGGAUAGCAAACAGUGGAUUUGAGUUUUGAGAACAAUCUCAUUAAAGGUUAUUAGGAUCAUAGCGGAUUUUAGAGUGAUACCACCAAGCCUUUGGAUGAUUAUAAUCCCAGAGCUAUCAAAUUCUUAGAGAAGGGAAAAUAAUUAUUAAGAGAAAAGCAAAUUGAAGACGCUAUCGAACAAUUAAAAAAAUGUAUCGAAACUGAUUUCAGAAUAUUGGAAGGACAUUACUUUCUGGGCAUUGGUUAUCUCGGAAAGCAACUCUAUUAGAAAGCAAUAGCAGAAUUCUAAUAUGUAGUUUAACAGGAUGCCACACAUAGAAAGAACAUCUAUUUGCUAUUGGCAAUAUCUCAUAAGAAGAUUAAUGAAUUGGAUUCAGCAAUCUCAAUUCUAAAUAAAGUCAUUUAGUUAUUCUCGAGAUAUUAUGAUGCCUUCAUUUACAGAGGUAAGCUCUUCACAAAACUCAAUUAAAUUGAGAAAGCCGAAUCAGAUUUUAAUAUGGCAAUAUAACUAAGUCCUCAAAAAGGAUUAGGGUAUUUGGGUAAGGCUGAUUGUUUGAGGAUCUAAAAUUAAUAUAAGGAAGCCAUAUCCUAUUAUUAGAAAGCCAUAAAUUGUGAGUAAGCAGUUGGGAAUGCUGCAUUACUAAAGAAAGCCAUUACUCUGUAUGAGAGUUAAUAAUAUGAUGAAUGUGCUAAAGAUUUGAGUAAACUUAUAGAAACUGAUCCUAUCAACUCUGAGGCUUAUUAUUUUAAAGGAUUAUGUAAAUUAAAAACAAAGAAUCCUACUGAAGCCCUCUUAUGUUUCGAGUAAGCUAUCAAGCAUAACAACUCUAAAAAAGCUGUCACUAAAUCACUCUAUGAAAUUGCCAAGAUGAAGAUUGAAUAAAGAGAUUUUUAUGCAGCCUUCCAUACUUUAAAUAGAUCAGCCCUGUUAGAUACCGAAAAAAGCUAUUUGGAGAAGUUUAGACUAUUCACUGAGGCUGUCAUACAUUUGAUGAAACGCAAGUUUUAAGAGAGUUUAAACAACUUCCAAGAAAUUUAGAAUCAUCAUCAAUUAAAUGAUUUUCUGAAACCGUUGUUUUAUGCUUAUAGAGCUUAUGGCCAUUUUUGUUUGUCCAAACAUCAAAAGGCUUUGGAGGAUUAUAAGUAUUUAUUAGACAUUUAACCUGCUGAACCUAGUAUUCAUUAUAAUAAAUUCCUAUGUGAAGGAAUCUUAAAGAUUUAAGCUGGGUAAUUUAAUGCUGGCAUGGAAUUCUUUUAAAGGGCGUAAAAGAUAUUCUAAAAAAAAAUGGAACCUACCUUCUAUUAAGGAGUAACAUUAAUAAAUUAAGCCUUUAAAAAAAAAAGUGAUUAAUAUAAGGAUAUUAGAAAGGGAUUGGAGUUGUUAGAUAAGGCAUAGAGUUUGAAUGACUAAAAUGCCAACUUAUAUUAUGUUAGAUCUAUAGUAAAAUGCUUUUUAGGACAAGCCAACGAGGCCUUGGUGGAUAUUGAAAGUGCUAUUCAAAAAUCAGAAGACAAUGUGGCUAAGUAUUUUUAUUUUAGAGGAAUGGUGUAUGGAAUUCUAAAAGAAUAUUAACAUUCUCUAAAUGAUUUUAGUAUCUGUUUAACAUUGGAUGAAAAUUUUGCUGAUGCAUAUUUAAAUAGAGCGAAAUGUCAUUUUUUAAGUGGAGAUUCGAACUCUGCAUUCUAGGAUUUACAAUAAUAUGAUCCAAGAAUGCAUGUGUGGGCUGGCAAUUUCUUAUUUGCAAAUGCUGCCAUUGAAGAUGCAAUUAAAGCAUACUCUAAUAAUAAAGAUUUCAAAAAUAACCCAAAAUUAUUACAAUUGAGAUCAGAAUGCUAUUUGAUUUUAAGUGACUUAGGCCUAUGCUAAGAAGAUGUCAGUAGACUCUAUAAAUUGACUAAAGAUCAAACUGCUGAAUUCGAUAAAGAUAUUUUAUCAGCUUUGAGAUUGGUCUUUAAAGAUGAUCAACAAAUUUAUUUCAAUGAAGAAAGUGAAAGUGAAUAAAUGGAAUUUAAAACUAAUUUAAAUAAAGCUGUGAACAAUUUAACCUAAUUAACCAGAGGAAAGGGAAGGUUAUUUUAAUAGUUCCACGUUUAUAUUUUUCGAGGGGCUUUUCAUUUUCAUUUGGAGAAAUACGAAGAAGCAUUAAAGGAUUUCUAAAUGGCCAAAAGUCAAAAGGAACUUUAAAUUACUGAAAAACGACUGAGACAAAGAGGAAGCUAAACAGAUUUAUUUACUGAUGAGGAAUAGUUUGAAGUAACUGAAGAUGAGGAAGAUGCUGAUUUAUUGGAGAUCUUAGAGAUCAAAUUUAAUGAACUAAUUUGCUUAGUUAUUUUAAAAUAAUUUAAAAAAGCUAAAGAGAUUUGUAAACAAUUGAUUGAGAACAUUAAUGAAGCUAAAUAGGAGGGAUUAUAAAUUCUGUUGAUGCACAUCGAAUAGAUCUUAAUGAAGGAUUAACAUCCUAUUGACUAUCAGAGAGUGAUUUGUUUGUACGAUGAACCUAAAGAAAAUAUUAUUUGUUUCUAAGUGCCUAUUAUAUUUAUAGACGGAUUGAAAAUUAGACUAUCUUUUAGCUUGCCAAAGUUAUCACCUCCAUCAUUAUCAAUCGUAUUUGAUAAAUAGUUAAUUUAAAAUAUUGGGCCUUUGUCUGUUGAAAAUAAACCUGAAGCUCCUUGGAUCAGAAGGGAACAAUAAGAUGACAUGAUUAUAUUCACUGAUAAUGUCUAAUUUAUAGAUGAUAUAAGAUUGGAGACAGAAAUAGAGGAUGAUCAUCAGUAAUAAACAUAAGCACAAGUGUAAGCAGUGGAAAUUACUCAAAUAAAAAACAAUUUAAUGUUGGAUAAGGAUAUUGAAGAAAAAUUGUAACGAUUUUUUUAAAAUAAACAACAAAAAUGA